AUGUCUUCGACAGACACCCCCGACCCAUCGACCAUGUCGGCUUCCUCCAGUGUGAGGGGCCCUACCGCGACCCCGUCCUCGUCCGCGACCUCUACCCCGUCCCCUUCCAUGUCGAGUGUCACCACCGCGCCGUCGUCUGCCGUACGUCGGCCUUCGCGGAAGAGCACCUUGACCCAACAGCAAAAGAACAACAAGCGUCAAAGGGCGACCCAGGACCAACUUGUCACCCUCGAGGUGGAAUUCAACAAGAACCCCACUCCCACGGCAGCCACCCGGGAGAGAAUCGCUCAGGACAUUAACAUGACUGAGCGCUCCGUUCAGAUCUGGUUCCAGAACCGACGGGCCAAGAUCAAGAUGCUCGCCAAGAAGAGCAUUGAAACCGGUGAAGGAUGCGACUCGAUUCCCGAGUCCAUGCGUCAAUACUUGGCCAUGCAGUUCGAUCCAAGCAAACCUGGUGCGAGAGAUCCCUUUGGUCGCACUGGGGGGUAUGGAACGAACGGUGUUUAUCCCAGCGAGUCUGCGCCUUCUGGCAAAGUUGUGAUCCACCACUUUACCUGCCGCUCCUUGACCGUCGGUAGCUGGCGCCGCAUCGGACAAAACGCUAUGGACUUGGUUGUUUUCUACUCUCCCGAAAAGGCCUGUAUGACUUACUACAUCAACAACGACUCGGCCGGCUACAAGAUCGAGUACCCGUUUUCCGCCAUCAAGAACAUCACUCUCGAGUCGGGUGAUCAAGGCCCCCAGCCCAACGGCGCGCCCCCGAGGCCCGGCGGCCUAGUCGUGGAAUUGAACCGACCUCCGAUGUUCUACAUGGAUUCUUCCAACUCUGGCGGCUUCUACCAGUGUGGUGAUUUCACCGAGGAUCAGCAGGCGAGCCAAAUCAUGGUCCACCAUCUUGGGGGCCACCCCAAGGUGCUGAGCGUUCAGCUGGCCAAGUUGGUAUCUUUGGAAUCUUUCCAGAACCGCAUGGCGUACAACAACUUUGCGAUGCCCCCGCCAAUGUCCCCACCCUUCAUCCAACGCCCGGCUUCUCAACCCAACCAUUUCGCUCACCCCUUCAUGAGCAUGUACCCAGACAACCACGCCAGCGUCGGUUUGCACCCCACUCGUGGACAUGGGCACAAGCGCCAGAGAAGUCGUUCCGUUCCAGUGGCCAUUGACUUCGCGACUCUGCAGGCACCUCCGCUUCCCUCGUACAACAUGCCGCAAACACCCGCUCAGUACAGCGAGGCCGAUUCGGGCAUCUAUGCGCCAGUUCCCCAGUCAGCUCAUCCCCUGGCUAUGAACCUGCGGGUUGAUACUUCCCCUGCGUAUGGACUCGACCUUCGAGGUCACCCCAUGUCUGCUACAACCGCUUCUCCAUCUGACUUUGCCAGCCCAUCAAUGUUCACCAGCGCUGCGCCCGGCGACUCUACCCCUGUUGCCCCAAGCAUGGGUGCCCAGUUCAAUAUCCCAUCGUUCGUCUCAUCAUCUGUCGACUCUUCCAACGUUGGCAACCAUGCAGCUUCCCCAUACUCCAAUGUCAGCGCUGCAGACCCCAUGAUUGCCGAUCACUCGCCUCCACUGUCCAACAUCCCGCACACCUCGCAGGACAUGUACGGUUUUGGAAACGAGCCCCAGUCAGCCUUCACCGAUGAUGGUAUGUCGAUGGGUGAUAUGUACCCCAAGCAAAAUGUCAACUACUCGGUCCCUGCGACCAUGGGAUACGAGGGCACCAACUUUGAACUUCCCAUGCACGGAUUGUCUGGACAGACUUCGCCGAGCAUCCACAGUGAAUACCAAAGCAUGAACCCGAUGGAGAAUGUGGACCCGAACACCAUGGCCCCCGGAUCAUGA